AUGGCGACCUACCCUCCCUCGACCCCUCCUCGCUCCCGAGUAGCGACGCCACGAGCCUCGCCGUACCUCCAGCCGAGCCCACCUCGGUCCAGCUCCCUCCACGGCCGCUCCCCUCGCCUCGGCCAGUCGUCGUUCGACGCUUCGCUCGACCCGUCGCACCCGCCUUCGUACACCGCCUCGCCUCGCGUCCUCUUCCCCGAGUCGGCAGCCUCGCCCCUGCACGCGGCCGCAGCGUCGGCCGAGACGCUCCACAUCGUCGCCGCAGAAGCGCCCAAGGAGCCCGUGCUGUGGCAGCUCGGCGCGGGAGACGACGAGGGCGGGCUCGAGCCGCAAGUCGGGCGCAGGCGACCACCGACGCUCGACCUCGCUGGCAGCACCGCGCCGCUCGCGCACCUGCGCUACUCGUCCGCGUCGGCCGGGUCGGCGAGCGGCUCGGACGCGUCGAACCCGUCGGCGCCCUCGGCGACCGCAUCCGCUGCCAGCAAGAAGCCGCCGUCGAUCCGGCCGUCGUUCCGCCUUCUGUUCUCGCUCACGACGCGCCGCACGUUGUGGUGCACGAUCGUGCCGGCGCUCGUGUGCGGCGUCGUGUCGGGCCUCGUGCCGCCGUUCAUGACCCAGAUGCUCGGCGACGCCAUGCAGGCCUUCACCGACUAUGCGCUCGCCGUCGGUGUGCCGGGCGCCGACGUCUCGGCGGCCAACUCGACCCUCAUGCACGCCAUGCGCGACACGUCGAUCAAGUUGACGGUCGCGGCCGCCAUCGUGUUCGUCACGUCGACGACGGGCCUGUCGCUGUGGGUCGUCCACGGCGAGCGCGUCGCACAUGCGCUCCGCCUCAAGGUGUACGGCGGCAUCACGUCCAAGGGCAUCGCGUGGUUCGACCGCGGCAUGGGCGGCGCCGCAGACGGGAGCGAGGACAAGGCCGACGCCGCAGGGCUCAUGGGCCGCUUCACCAAGGACACGGAUGACGCACGCCUCGCGUGCUCGCAGACGCUCGGCCUCGUCGUGCAGUACGCCGCCGCGACCACGUUCUGCCUCAUCCUCGCCUUUUACCGCGAAUGGCGCGUCGCGUGCGUCGUCCUCGCGACGAUCCCCAUCGUCAUGUUGAUCGUCGCCCUCACCGAGAUGUUCUCGGGCCCGCUCGCCAACCGCAACCGCGAGACGACGAGCCGGUGCUCGUCGCGCGUCGACCGCGUCAUCGGCGCCAUCCCGACCGUCAAGGCGUUCAACGCCGAGCAGUACGAGCUCGACGGCUUCAAGGACCUCACCAAGCACGACUUCCAGUCGUACGUCAAGCUGCACUUUGUGUGGGGCCUGCGCGCCGGCGCCACGUCGACCCUCCUCAUGGCCAUGUUCGUCCAAGGGUUCUGGUACGGCGCCCACUUGAUCUCGACGGGCCAGUCGACGGCGGCGGCGGUCAACACGUGCUUCUGGGCGUGCAUGCUCGGGUCGACCUACCUCCAGUCGGCCAUCCCGCUCCUAGUCACGCUCGAGAAGGGCAAGGUCGCCAUGGCCGGCCUCCUCACGCUCGCGCGCGACGAGCCCGCACCCGUCGCGACCCUCGCCGCCGCCGCUGCUCGCUCGACGCCGCCCCAGUCGGCCUCGUCGGGCACGAUCCGGCGCCUCGGGCGGCGGCAGCGCGCGCGCGCGAGCGCCGACUCGGCCGUCGACGAGAAGGCGCGCAUCGCCGCCGCCGCCGCCGCCGCUCACGUCGACGACGCCGACGUCAAGGAGGGCGCGCUCGGCUCGCCGCUGUCGCCGCACCCGUUCACGGUCGCGUCGCCGACGCCGCACACGCCCGUCUUCAUCCCGCUCGCCGGCGCCGGCACCCUCCCUCGGCGGCGCGGCGCCGCACCUCGCGCCAUGGGCAAGCUGCGCCCGGCCACCUUCUCGGGCGAGCUGUCGCUGCGCAACGUCACGUUUCACUACCCGACGCGCCCGGCGCCGGCCGCCCCGGCGCUCGACGGCGUCUCGCUGUACUUUGCCGCGCGCGAGACGACGUACGUCGUCGGGACGUCGGGCUCGGGCAAGUCGACCGUCGGGCAGCUCCUCCUCGGCCUGUACGAGCCCGACGCGGGCCACGUCGAGGUCGACGAGCAAGGGCUCGAGUGGAUCGACGCCGAGUGGCUGCGCGGCCACGUCGCGUGCGUCAGCCAGGGCGCGAGCGUCCUCUUUGACGGCUCGAUCCACGACAACGUCGCCGUCGGCGUCGUCGGCCAGCUCCAGGACGACGGCUCGCGCCGCCGCAAGGAGGACGUGACCCGCGACGAGGUCGUCGCCGCGUGCCGCGGCGCGCUCAUCCACGACUUUAUCCGCGACCUGCCCGAGGGCUACGACACGUGGUUGAGCGGCGAGAAGGGUGCGAGCCUGUCGGGCGGGCAGCGGCAGCGGCUCGCCAUCGCGCGUGCGUGGAUCCGCAACCCGACCGUCCUCAUCCUCGACGAGGCGACCUCGGCGCUCGACGCGACCUCGCGCCUGCUCGUCAACGAGGCCGUCAAGCGCUGGCGCGACAACCGCACGACGAUCGUCAUCACGCACGACCUCGCGCCCAUCGGCGCCGACGACUUUGUCUACGUCAUGGCCGAGGGCCGAGUCGUCGAGCAGGGCUACCGCGCCGACCUCGAGUCGAACGCGAGCGGGCCGUUCGCGACGCUCGCGGCGACGCAGCACGGGCCGGCGGCGCACUCGUCGCCGUUCCUCGGCGCCGCCGACGACUUUGACGGCGGCGAGUUCGACGACGAGGCCGAGAUCCUCGACGACGGCGAGCUCGACGAGCCCGUCGCGCCGUUCUCGGUCCAGGGCACGCCCCGCACGCCGCCGCAGCAGCGCUCGGCUCAGCCGUCGCCCAUGUCGACGCCGCGCAUCCAGAUCAGCAGCGCCGACGACGACGAGCGCGACAGCUCGAAGCGCUUCUCGUCGCCCGGCGGCGCGGCCGGCUUCUUCUUCGGCGGCGUCGCGACCGACGGCGCGGUCCGUGCGAGUCGCGAGCUGCGCGACGCCCGCCGCGUCUCGGCCGCGUUCAGCCUCUCGGGCGGCAGCGACGGCGGCGGCGGGCGUCGUUCGCGCUCGCCGUCGCCGGCGUCUCGGCCGUCGUCGCGCCUCGGAGCGACCGAGCUCCUCCCGGCGUUCGACCCGACCGCGCCCGGGGGCGACUCGACCUCGUCGGCGUCGCGCUCGCCGUUCGAGACGCUCAGCCGUACCAACUCGGAGAUGUCGCUCAAGGCGCUCGAGACGGUCGGCGCGGCGGCGAUGGAGAGCCGGCGGUCGGGCCGGGCACCGGGCACGGCGCGCCUCAAGCACCGCACCCUGACCGAGGCCGAGCUGCAGCGGUGGGCGGGCCAGUCGACGGCUGAGGGCGGCGCGACGGUCGUCGUCGAGGUCGGCGCCGCCCUGGACGCGCUCAAGCCCAUGAUGGGCCUCGGCGCGCUGUGCAAGCGGUACUGGUCGACGAUCCCGAACAAGCUCCUGUUCUUGAACGGCAUCGUCUUCUCGGUCCUCGCCGGCGCCCUCACGCCCUUGUUCUCGACGUUCCUGUCCAAGGUCAUGAGCAACCUCGGCAACCCGGACGCCGGUUCGCUCAUCACGACGUCGGCCGUCGUCAUCCUCGUCGUCGCGUUCUGCGAGGGCACCUUUACGUUCAUCAAGUUCUACUCGCUCGAGCGGUGCGCCAUGGGUUGGUGCACGGCGCUGCGCCGCCGCGCCCUCGCCCUCGUCAUCAAGCAGGACAAGUCGUUCUUCGACGAGCCCGAGAACUCGACGUCGAGCCUGUCGCACUGCAUCGUCAAGGACGCCGAGGACGCGCGCACGCUCGUCGGCACCCUCAUCGGCCAGCUGUGCGUCCUCGCGUCGAUGCUCACGGUCGGCAUCGUGUGGGCGCUCGCGACCGGGUGGGAGCUCACGCUCGUCGGGUUCGGCCUCGUGCCCGUCCUCGUCGUCAUCGUGCGCGCCCAGACGUCGGUCCUGAACCGCCUCGAGCAGACCAACAAGCUCAAGCGCGAGAACGUCUCGAAGCGGUUCCACCAGACCAUCUCGAACAUUCGCCCGAUCCGCAGCAUGUCGAUCCAGUCGGUCUUCGCCAACACGUUCGAGGACUCGGCGCGCACCGCCAUGGCCGGCGGCGUCAAGGCGGCGCCGUUCACGGCCGCCGGCUUUGCGUCGGUCAACACGCUCACGUACCUCACCGAGGCCCUCAUGCUCUACAUCGGCGCCAUCCUCGUCACGAGCGGCCGGUACUCAUUCAGCAAGAUGCUCCAGGUGUUCUCGAUCAUCAUCUUUACCGUCACGUUCUCGAGCGGCCUCAUGAACUACCUGCCCGGCAUGGCCAAGUGCCUGCGGGCCGCCAACGACCUCGUGCGCCUGCUCGACCUGAGCGACGACACGCGCGAGUCCGAGGGCCGCAUGACGUUCCCGAUCGCGGGCCACGUCCGGUUCGACGACGUCGCGUUUGCGUACCCGACGAGGCCCGACGUGCCCGUCCUCAAGGGCAUCAGCUUUGAGAUCCAGCCGGGCGAGACGGUCGGCAUCGUCGGCGCGUCGGGCUCGGGCAAGUCGACGGUCGCGGCGCUCCUCCAGCGACUGUACGAGCCAACGUCGGGCACGCACCCGGCCCUGUUUGACCUCUCGGUCGCGCACAACAUCGCGUACGGCCGACCCGAGGGCAUCGUCCUCGCCGACGUCGUCACGGCGGCGCGCCAGGCCCACAUCCACGACUUUGUCCAACAGCUCCCCGAGGGUUACGACACGAGCUUGGGCGACAACGCGAGCCUGAUCAGUGGCGGGCAGGCGCAGCGGUUGCAGAUCGCGCGCGCGUUGGUUGGGCACCCGGCGAGGGAGCUGUUGAUCCUCGACGAGUGCACGAGCGCGCUCGACCCGGCCAACCAGAGGGCCGUCAUGGACACGCUCCUCGAGGUCAAGGAAGGGAGGACGACCCUCAUCGUCACGCACAAGCUCGCCGUCAUGGAGCAGUGCGACAGGAUCGUCGUCGUUGCAGAUGGCGUCGUCGCCGAGACCGGCACCGUCGCAGAGCUGCGCGCCAAGCCGCACGGCGUCUUUGCGAGCCUCGCGUCCGGCGGAGAGUGGGAGGCGUCGUGAGCGGCCCUCUGUCUCUCUCUCUCUGUGUAGCUCUCCCUUGUUGUACCGCUCUCCCUCUCUCUCGCGCUGUAACGCACCCUUCUCAACACA